AUGUUCACAGCCCUGUACAGUGUUAUCAAGAAAAUUAGGACAAAGACAGUAUACACAGUUUGUUCUUAGAAAUCAUACAUUGCAAGCUCAACCUACAGAUUAGUUAUUAGUUAUCUGCUGGCAGAUAGACCUUUGUAUGAAAUUGUCCACCCGAACCUCAUCCUCAUUUCUUUGCGUUUGCUCAAUAGAGCGUAAUGCGGGAAAGGUCUAUUAGUGACUAAUCUGUAGGUUGUGUGCACGGAGGGAGGUGGGGGAGGGAAGUUCAGCACGCAUUGUUGUUGGUUAAGAAUUUACACAGUAAUGCAGGUAGUGUCGCUUCGAUUUUGCGAGGACAAAUACGAUAUGUGAGAAAAACAAAAAGGCAUGAGAUACAUUUUUUACAGUUAUUGAAUAUUAUUCUCUUUGCUGGUUCGCUUUUCACCUCUGAACUACCACACAAGGUGACUGCCUUGCAAGUUGCGAAAGUGUUUUUCAGUCCGUAUAGUGUACGAUCCCCACGAAAAUUUAUGGUUUGAAUUUUAAAUUCAACAUUAGCUUUUAAACCCAACUCUUCUAUUUGACCUUGCUCGCUGUGUAUUUUCAACUCGCUUCAUCAAAUUACAGUUACAUAGUAGAACUAUACUAUUUUCAACUCAACGCUGUGAAUAAAACUAUACAUACACUGGACAAAUUUUCCUACAUUGCUACUUUUUAUAAGCUUGAAUGCCUGAGCCAAUACUUGGUGCAUUUUUCUACUUACCGAGUCACAUUUCAAACUCGACCAUGUAUAUUUUCAACAAGACUUAUGAAUUUUUGUUUACACUACAGUGAUCAUUGAUCAAGACCAGGGAGCCCCCCCCCCUCCAUAGAAGCCUUUGUCGGAGUUAAGCUCAUUCAAAAGGUAUUACUAUUAAGGGAAAAAAUACACACUCCAGUCAAAAGACUCAUAUUAUCUUUAGAAAAACAAUAAGCUAAAGUCUACUAAGUCACAAUGCAAUUAUCUAUAGUUGAUGCACCUCAUUCUUAUAAUUUUGGAUCUGUAAAUCACUAUCUGUGAUAAUUUAAUAUCCUGCAAAGAAAACUACUAAACGAGUUAGGCCCAGAAUGAUACAAGAUUGCAGAAAAACAUUACAUUAAAGGACUAGAGAAAAUCGCUUAAAAUAUUCAAAUCCAGAAGGCCCUUUAGAGAAAAUUAGAACCCUUAUUCAGCCGUAAUAAAAAGCUUUAUGCUUUAAAAGAGGUCAAAGAAAAUGCUCUUGCGUCAGAGGACAAAUCCUGCCGACCAGAAACAAAAACCACAGUAAAUCAAUAUGUGUUCCAUGACCUCUCAGUGUGAAACAAGUGCCAAAAAUCACAUUUGUUCAGUGAAAUUGUAGAACCUUCCAGAGCAUAAUCUACCCAGCAGGGGAAAAAAACUUAUUGGAAUGAGCAACAUUUUGGUAGGAGGUGAAAGUCGUUUUAAUAGGCCUACCAACCAACCCCUUUUAUUGCUGUGCGCUCGAUAAACAUGCUAUGGCAGAUCCCAUGCCAGCCACGGUAGAAUCAGGUAAAUCCCACUAUUUACAGUGGUGCGAUUUGAAUACCCCACUCGAUGCAUGAAUCUGCUGUAAUCACCCAGCAUGCAAAGAAAGUAGUGUCCGAUAGCGCGGGGCUAGUGGAUUUUGCUCUCAGACUAGUGAGUUCUGUUAUUAACUUGCCCAAUGGGCAAGUGAAGUUUUUUGAGGAAUUCAAAUUACAGAAGUACUGUCAAAUCAAUCUGCUCAUCAAAACAUUUUUGGGGCUAGUUGAAAUGAUGUUUGGGCUAGUAAAUGUUAGCUUCAGCUGUAAAAAUGACUUUCUUUGCACCCUGUCACCAUACUGAUAGGAAUCUAAGCAAGUGCAAACUCUGCCGCCAUGUUUGUGCAAUAUGCACGAAGCACGAUGGACUAAAGAGCCACCCACCCGACAAAGGCUUCUAUUGUCUUGACCCAGGGAGGCUUCCUGGUGUUGAUCAAUGAUCACUGAAGCGUGAACGAAAAUUCACAAGUCUUGUUGAAAAUACACAUGGUUGAGUUUGAAAUAUGACUCGGUAAGUGGCAAAAUACCCUGAGUAUUGGUUUAGGCAUUCAAGCUUAUAAAAAGUAGCAAUAUUAGAAAAUUUGUCUGGUGUAUAGUUUUAUUCAUAGCGCCGAGUUGAAAAUUGCAUGGUUCUACUAUGUAAUUUGACGAAGCGAGUUGAAAAUACACAGCGAGCAAGGUCAAAUAGAAGAGUUGAGUUUAAAAGCUAAGGGACACGAGCAUAAAAACGUUUUCUUCUAAAGGAAGAGUGUAAAAUUUUGAAUUCAGCUAUAAAAUUCAAGUACCGAGGUUAGAGUUUUAAAUGAUGCAUUUAAAAUUGAAACCAUGAAUUUUGGCAGGGAUCGUACGCCAUAAGCCUGACUUUGUCUCUACCCCCUGGUGUGCACCAAGUGUGAUUUCUAAGAGGAAUGUCAAACUGUGUUCCAUGCAAUUCUGUGUUUGUCCUUGUUUUCUUGAAAACAAUGCAUAAUGAAACAACUAUUAGAAUUGGUUUUUGUGAUAUUUGGAAUAAUCAAGGUCUCAGUAUGUGUUAUCAGCCUCAGCCUUCAGCUCAGCUGAUGUCAUUUAGUCAAUCCUCUUCCUUGAUUAUUUCUGGAUAUCACAAAACCUCAUCCCACACCAUUUAUUGUUUAAUAUUAACAAAGUGAACUAAGACUGUGGUGGCACAGCCCCUGUACAUUAAUUUGUAAAUACUCAGUAUCUUACAUUUCAAUGGGUAAUUAAGGCAGCAGUGACAGUUAAAAGUAAUUAAGUGAACUUCAUUGAUUCCUGAUUUUCCUUUCAGUACUAGGCAAACAUCUUAGGAGCACUAUGCAAUAUUGUGCAGGUUAG